AUGGGCUCCAUAUUUUCUGCCAUAGGCAACGGACUCAGUGCCAUCGUCUCUGCCAUCGCCAAUAUCAUCAUGACCAUUAUCGAUGUGAUCUUCAUGAUCAUCGUCACCAUUAUUGACGUCAUCGUCGACAUCCUCUGCUGCAACUGCUUUGGUGGUCGCAGACACCGCACCGGUACCCACCGCUACAGGUCCGGACGUGGGUCAAGUAGGUUCUGA